AUGGCUGAUGUGGAACAAUUUGCAAGAAAGAAAGCAGAACAAGAGAAGAAACAAGCAGAAUAACAAAAGGCUAAGGAAAACAAGGAAAGGGAAAAGGCUUUAGAGGAAAAGGAAAGAGCUGCUUUGAAGGAAAGGGAUAACUGCAUACUUGCAGAAAUGAAACCUUUAGAAAGAAAUCUGGAUGUUGAAAGCAAGCAGCCAUUUAUCAAUAAUCUGAUGAAGUGGAGUAUGACAAUGCUGAGCCCAUGGAUGAUGAAUACUUUGGUGGAAGAGAUAUUAUAUCUGAAUGUUCAUCUUACCUUCAUCCCCAUCCCAACUCUCACAAAUCAGCUUUAAAUCAACCCCUCCCCCUCCCAACUCUGCCAUAUCAGCUUUACAGACCCCUAGAGCUACAGUUGGCGGAAAAAGACCCAGGGAUUUCAGCCAGAGUCAACCACAACUUUCUCCAAGGCCAGCUGUGGGUGGAAAAAAAGCCUAG